AUGGCUCACAAAUCAGAAAUAGUAAAUGUCCAAGGAACCAAUAACUGGAAAAAGCUUGCAUCCAAGUCUCAAUCAACAGGGGUAUAUUUCACAAGAACCAUAAGUCUCCACCAUAAUGGCACUGGUGGCAAGUCCAUCUAUGGGGAGAAAUUUGCUGAUGAGAACUUCAUCCUGAAGCAUACUGGUCCUGGCAUCUUACCCAUUGCAAAUGUUGGACCCAACACAAAUGGCUCCCAGUUUUACAUCUGUACUGCUAAGACUGAUUGGUUGGACGGCAAGCAUGUGGUCUUCGGCCAAGUGAAAGAAGGCAUGAACAUUGUGGAUGCCAUGGAGUGUUUCAGUUCUCAGGAUGGCAAGACCAGCAAGAAGAUCACUAUUGCUGACUGUGGAAAAUUCUCAUAA